AUGGACCGGCUCUCGCUCGCGCCGGCGGAGGCGAUCCCCGGCUUCUCCUUCCAGCGCGGGCCGCCCGGCCUCUCGCUCGACCAGUUCACGGUCACGCGCAGCACCCUCGGCGAGGGGGCGUUCGGCAAGGUGCGGCGCGCGCGCGACAAGAAGACGGGCGCGGUGUGGGCGCUCAAGCAGAUGUGCAAAGCGGACAUCGUGGAGCACAUCAUCCAGGAGACGCAGGUGCUGUCGCAGCUGCUGCACCCCUUCAUCACAAACAAGUACGUCUCCAUGACCACGCCGACCAACCUCAUCCUGCUGCUCGAGUUUUGCCCCGGCGGCGACAUGUUCGACCAGCUCUACCGGCACAAGAAGUUCUCGCUGCGCGACGGGCAGAUCUACAUCAUGCAGGUGCUGCUCCCCAUCGAGUACAUGCACAGGCAGGGCAUCGUCCACCGCGACCUCAAGCUCGAAAACAUCCUCAUCGCCGCCGACGGCGCGCUCGCGAGCUCGCCCGCCGCCGGGGCCGCCCACAGGGCACGCCCGGGAGACGCCCGCGCGCUCAAGCUGACCGACUUUGGGUUUGCAAAGUAUAUCCAGCACCGCUCGUACACGCUGUGCGGCACGCCAGAGUACCUCGCCCCCGAGCUGAUCCUCGAGCGCGGGCACGGCAAGGCGGUCGACUAUUGGGCGCUCGGCAUCCUCCUCUUCGAGAUGCUCAACGGCCACUCGCCCUUCGAGGCCGAGGACCACCUCGCCACGUACCAGAAGAUCCUCGAUGGCACCGUCAACUACCCCGCCGACAUGAAUGCCGACGCGAUGGACCUCGUGUCCAAGCUGCUGCAAAAGGACAUCUCGCGCCGCUUUGGCAACAUGGUCAACGGCACCAAGGACAUCAAGGACCACCCGUUCUACAGCGACAUCAACUGGGACCAGCCGUACGGCUACCGCGGCUCCAUCAAGCCGUCCACCUUCGAGCCGUCCAAGCACGAGUGGCUGCCCGCGCCCGACGUGGUGGUCGAGUCCAAGCCGGUCAAGCCGGCAGACCAAGCGCAGUUUGCCAGCUUCUAG